UUUGAAAUGUCACGUUGAAGGCGUCCACCAGCUAUAUUUCGAUCCAACCUUCACAAAAACUUUCACAAUACUUGGAAUUCAAGUCGACGCAGGUUGUCUUGAAAUAGUCAGACUGAAUAUAACACUCAUGGUUAUAUCGAUAGAAAAGCUGUAAAAGUCCACAUCGCAAACCAAAAACAGGCCUGCAAGUGUUUCCGAUUUGUGUCUGUUUGUGUCCGGUUGGUAAUUGUGGGAGGGCAAGACCCUGGGAGAGCGAGGGGUGGGGCCUUUUUCGGACGGGGACGGUUGCUCUGAAAGUUGGUGCCGGUGCUUAAAGCAUACAGCACCAUGGGGCAACAUGUAUCCCACUCAGAUUUUGAGUGGUCAUACACAGAAGAGCCCCAUGCAACAAGGAGGAAGGAAAUACUCAAGAAGUACCCAGAGAUGAAGCGUCUGUUUGGCCGCGACGAGCGCAUGCCGUACAAGGUGACGGCCAUGGUGCUCUUCCAGCUGGUCAGCAUCUACCUGGUCAGCGGCCGGCCCUGGCUGCAGGUCAUAGCACUCGCCUACUGCCUCGGUGGCGUCAUCAACCACUCACUAAUGCUCGCAAUUCACGAGCUGGCGCAUAACCUGGCGUUCGGACACAGCCGGCCGCUGGCUAACCGGCUGCUGGGCAUAUUCGCCAAUCUGCCCAUCGGCAUACCGUUCUCCGUGGCGUUUAAAGCCUACCACCUGGAGCAUCAUAGGUACCAGGGUGACGAGCGGCUUGACACGGACCUGCCGACGGCGCUGGAGGCGCGUCUCUUCUGCACCACCUUCGGCAAGUUCGUCUGGGUGUUGCUGCAGCCGCUCUUCUACGCGCUGAGGCCCGUCAUCACCUACCCGAAGCCGCCCACGGCGCUCGAGCUCGUUAACACCACGGUGCAGAUGAGCUUCAAUGUGGCCGUCGGGUACUAUCUUGGCGCCCGGGCCGUGUUCUACAUGCUGGGAGGCUCGCUGAUGGCUAUGGGCCUGCACCCGGUGGCCGGGCACUUCAUCUCGGAACACUACAUGUUCAAGAAGGGCUACGAGACGUACAGCUACUACGGUCCGUUGAACGCCAUCACCUUCAACGUGGGCUACCACAACGAGCACCACGACUUUCCGGCGAUACCCGGCUGCCGGCUGCCCGAGGUACGCAAGAUCGCGCCCGAGUACUACGAUAACCUUCCACAGCACAACUCGUGGGUGCGUGUACUGUACGACUUUGUCACCGACCCGGAGAUCGGGCCUUACGCCCGCGUCAAACGCAAGCACCGCGGUCUGUAGGUACCGGCCACCGGCAGAGGACGGGUCUGAGACCUCCACGGCUGUCCCCACUGGUCUAAAGGGGACCGGAUUGGUCCAGUGGGACCGGGGUGGUCCCGGGAGGGAGACUCUGGAGACCCGGCGAGAGACCCGACUCCGGUGGGUGACCUGAAUUUCUGGGAUGUGUGAACUCUAACUGAUGUGCACUGGUAGUUCUCUCUCCUAACCUUAGACUUGCCUACCGUUACGAGCGGGCGGCGCCGCGGUGCCCGGCCUGCGACUCUAGAGUGUCUUCGGCCUAUAGAUGUGCCCCGCCUGUGCUGGCAGACUGAACUCCGUUAUACUCACACCCGCGCCGCGUAUGGGGCGCCCCUUGUAGUCCCUUGUUACCUCAGUAGUCUCAUGCUUCAGUUACCUACCGCGGCAGCCUUCAGCUUCAGCUUUCCCUGUGCUCAUAAUACCACACCUAACCAUCCUGACCUAUAGCCGCGAAGAGUAGACUUCCAUUAUGGGCUUCGAUAGACGACCGCCGAAUAUCGUGUAUUCCUGCCCGGCGCGGGUAGCAGUGUCCGUCCGUUCCGGGCCGGCGUCUAUUGGGAACAGUCUGUGAUAGUCAGCAUCUGCCAGCGACGCGAGGUGGAGCGGCCCGUGCAGACCGCACGGCCUGGUCGCAUGUACGGCCACCGCGCGAGGCACAAUAUCACGAGCGGCGCACUGACUAAUUUUAUAAGCCGAUCGCAUCCAGCUGCCGAAGUGUGCGAGACGCUUUGAGCAGUUAUUUUCUGGAGCUGAUAUUACAGAAGGCGUAGAGAGGCGGGCGCGUGGGAUUAUCUGAAUUGUCUGAUCGCUUGCUAGCAGCGUUGUUUCGAUUGUUGGUAAGUCUCGGUUGGGUCAGCAUACCAGAAGGCAGUCCCGUAGUGUGGCUAGUAUUUCGAAGGAUAUUUUCACCGUUAGCAUUACGGUAGUAUGAACGCCAUCGGGAGCGGCGGAGCGCAGGCCACCCAGUACCGCCCUGCGAGUGAGACUUUUGUCAGAGGAUCUGAGGGGAGAGCGCGCUGAGGGGAAAAUACACUGGUUUUAUCGGGCA